CAGGUCUCUCCCAUUUACCGCGCCCGCGUUCGCUAUCCGCGAGCCGCUGUGCAUCAGCGAUUGUUCAGUGUUGACCUGCAUAGUCGCGCGCAACACCACGCCGCCGCCGCGCUCGUAGCUUGCUCCGCGAGCCCGCAAAGCACUACCCUCCUAUUUGACCAGCAAGCAUGGCCGCGCUCUCCCGCUUCCCCGCCAUGGUCGCCAACAGCCGAGAAGUGGCCUGGGCGCCGCCCGCGGGCACGGGCAAGCUCCAGGGCCAGGCCCAGCUCCGGGACGCGGCCCUCGCGCCGGCGGUGCUCCAGGUCCUCGAGGCCCGCGGCUGCAACGACGUCGCCGCCGUGAAGCGUUUAUCAAGUGCCACGCUCGAGCAGAUGGGCGUCCCUCCGCGCUACCGCGACGCGCUCGCCGCCGCGCUGUCGGCGCCCGCUCCCUCAACGAAGUGGGGCGACGACGAUUCUGAUGAUACGCCUCCUACUCAAUCCAGAAGGCGCGCGCGCGUCGACGACGAACCGAAACCGGCGCCGGCGCCCCAGCAACAGUGGGCCACCGCUACGGGAGGCAACCGCGCGCAGCGCCGCGCGGCCGCCGCCGCCGCGCCGAAAAAGGCCACCUCCAACAAUUCCCCGGGCUUCGUCUUCCUCUGCAACCGCCUGUCGCGGGGCGAGGUCCGCGACCGCAAGCUCUUUGGCCUGGGCAAGGGCCAAUUGCGCGACAUGGAGAAGCACAUCACGUCCUCGACGCCGCUCUUCCUCUACGACUUCGACGCGAAGACGCUGACCGGGCCGUGCACGCCCGACGGGGCCCCGGCGCUCGACAUCGACCGCGACGCCUGGCGGGGCCGCUUCCCGGCGCAGCUGCGCUUCCGCGAGGAGCUCGACAAAGUGACGACGCUGCGGAACACGAAGUACAAGUCGGGGCCGCUGCCCCUUUCUGAUACGCGUACUUUAUUGCAGCGGCUGGCGGCGGGGAAGUAGAGCUAAACUAACGUUGUC